CUCAUAUUCGUUACUUUCACCAAUUUUAAAAUACAGUUUCUUCUAUUAAAUUACCCAUAUCUUAGCACAUCUACGCUUUUAAUACAAAUGCAUUAGCAGCGCAAUUACGCAAAAUUAUGUCAAUAGCAAAAUUAUUUGUAAAAGUUUUCGGUGAGAAUGUUUUUGAAACGAUUUAUACUGGUGAAAAACACCACCCGGAGGACGAUGAUGAUGAGGCUGCUUGUUCCGCUGCGCCGGAUACGCCAAAACCAAUGAAAUUGGAAGAUAUGAAAUUGCCUGAUCAAAUGGUUAUAGUACGGAAUUGGUUAAAUGAGCGUCUCAAUGUUAUGGAAUCUAAUAGUUCACAUGCAACCAAAACGCAACGAAUUGACAUGGCUUCAAGGCUUGGGCCAGAGCACACAAUUUGUGAUAUUGAUUUUACAUCGACAGUAAGGAUAUCAGCCGAUAGGUUAUCGCUUCGUUCGCAGGGUAGUUUCAAUACAAUAAAGGCCAAUGUUUGCGUUUAUGGUGGGCGUUGGAUGUAUGAGGUACUCCUUCAUAGUAAAGGCGUAAUGCAAAUCGGAUGGUGUUCUAAUAAAUGCACCUUCAAUGAGAACAGUGGUGUUGGUGAUACCAAAUGGAGUUAUGGAUACGAUGGUAGUAAGCAACAGAUAUGGCAUAUUGCCACAUCAAAAUAUGGCGACAAGUGGCAAAUUGGUGAUAUAAUUGGUAUAACCAUCGACAUUGACGACGAAAAAAUUGAAUAUUUGCGUAAUGGAAAGUCAAUGGGAAUUGCUUUCACUAAACUAGAGCGAGGGCCCGGUAUAUCAUUCUUUCCUGCAGUUUCGCUUGGCUAUAAUCAAGGUUUACAAGUUAAUUUUGGCAAUACGCCUUUCAAAUAUCCCGCUGAGGGUUUUAUGCCACUACAGGCAAAACCAAUUGUACGAUUACAAAAAGCUGAUAUCCUACUUGGAUAUUUGGUCAAUUUGUCCAAUGUGUUGGCACACAAUCCAGCGUGUAAGAAAAAGGAACAUACGGAUGGAAAAAUAUCAACAAAGAAAACAGUUUAUGUUGUAUUUGCAACAUUACUGAUUGAGAAACUAACACAAGUUUUAUUCGAUCCAUAUGUCAUUGAAGAUAAAUUGCUACCGCACAUUAUUAAUUUGUGUAGUGUUACUAAUGAAACAGAUCAAGAUUCUAUUUUACCGGGCACACCGGAAAGCACAUUGGGCGCCUUGCUAUCUAUAUUAUGGAAUUAUUUGGAAAAUGAGGAAGUGAAGUUCUUAAUGCGAAAGUUAAUGAAUGCAUUGUUGUCAACAUUUACACAUACUCAUAUCGGUUUGGAUUAUGAGAAACAAAAGCGUGUAAUUACAAUACUCACCUGUAUAUGCAACCAUACACAAACGCGAAAAACAUAUUUGGAAUAUAAAUUUUUCAAAAAACAUUGUUUGGCUUUGCUUAUGUAUAUACGACCACCUGAAUAUAAGUAUAUGCAGCAGCUGGUGCCAGAUUCCAUUGCUUGGACAGAAGGUGUCGGUGGCCCGAAACAGAAAUAUCUUGCACAAGUUGACAAAAUUACUAAAGCAACUGAAGCUAUUUAUAUUAUGCAGAAAAAUCUAUUAAUCCUCUUACUCACUAAUACAGACGGAGACGAAUUGGCACCAUCCAGUCGGAAAAUAUUCAUCUCAAAACUGCGUCGUUACGUAAUGGAUCUUAGUAUGGAGCAGCGAGUAAAGAAACAAAAGAUCAUUUUAUUUUGCCUCAUAAUGCAUCCGAUGGAGUCAACAGUUGCCCUAGCAUUUAUUUGCAUACUCAUUGAUGCCGCAAAAACCUUAUUCGAGCGUGAAUUACCAGCAGCACAAUUGGAAAUAAAACCCGAUUACUUCUUUGAUGGCACUUUUGAAUAUCAACACUUCGAUCGUGUGGGUGGGGUACUAUCGCAUUUGCGCAAAGUACAUCGCAGCGAUAUAUCCACACAUUUGGGUCCUGAGCGUGCACAUGAGUUGUUGGAGGAAGAUCGUACAAUGAUGCGUGUGGGCGAGCUGGUUGACCCUAGCAUGUUUUUAACUGCGACAAAUCUUAAUAAUAUUGGAAUUGUUGGUGCACAGGGACCAGCUGCAACUUUUACGCAUUUUUUUAAUCCACGUCUGAAUCCUGAACCAAACGCAUCACCUGGUAACAGCGAUGCGGAGAGUUCGCUCUCCGAGCUAUUCGACAUCUGUGUACUCUACUACUAUUCAGUUGGACAUAAGUACAUUGUAAAGAUUUCAUCUGUACGAGAUGAAAUUGCCGCCUUAAAUGAGGUUCUGCGUGAAACAAAAUUUUAUCGUGAGGACGUUGAACGCAAACUAAAAGUGCUGGAAGAUCAUGCAAGUGUUUGUAUGAAUGACAAUCAUAGCAAUAUUGUUGCCGAUUUAAAACAGAAAUUUAGUCAGCGUGAAAACGUAUUCGCUAAACGUUCCAUUGAGUUGGCGCGCAAACAGGCUUGGUACCGCGCACUUGCGCUUGGCAAACAACGUCGCAUGAUCAUAGUAUGGUUGUUAGAGAAAACCUUACGUACAUUAAAUGCAUCCUCACAUUUAGGAGCAUUGUUCUCAUUUGUACCUGAAGUGUAUAUAAAUAUACUGCCAAUUUUAUUAGAUACCGUUAUGGAUUUUAGUCAUCAUGAUUUGCAUGUACAGUUUGAAAUAACCGAUGCCGAGUGUGCUGUUAAUGCCGCAGCUGAGUUUCUAAGCUUACACUCUGCUGAUGCGCGUAUCAUUUUGGCCUCGUGCAAGGAUUCUUUACUGCAGGCACUAGGAACAUUGACCUGUCAUAAAGCGGGCAUACGCGCACUAGAGCGUUCACCCAAGAAAAGUCAAAGCGCGCUUGUCCGAUCGCUUUUACGUCCAUAUGAAAAUCGUGCCUGGGGUCAAAGUAAUUGGCUGCUAUUGCGUUUUUGGCUUGGUGAUGGCUAUGCAUAUCGUGAUUCACGUCAACCGAGCAUAUGGCAAGGCGGUAAUCAGCCAAUACAAAUGGGUCUAUGUCGUAGUCGUGCCAAAAACGAAACGCACACUGGCCUACUGCAUCACAUUGCGCCAGCAAAUCCUUCGCGUCACUUUCAAAAAUUAAUCGGGCAAAAGUUGCAAGAAGAUGAGCCAUUCGCGACAGCUUUUUUGAACUCGGUGCUGAGUCAAUUGAAUUGGGCAUUUUCGGAGUUUAUUUUACUAUUGCAAGAGAUUCAAAAUACUGCACACCGUCAGGAGAAUGCCGUUUUUGAACCAAAACAGUUGAAAAUCUGUUCGAUGUGUUUCGAAUUGACCGUUUCGUUGAUGCGUUGUCUGGAAAUGGUCAUCACAGUGGCGCCAGAAAUAUUUCAGGAACCUUCACGUUCCAAUAGUGAUUUGAUAUUGAAUCGUGUGUGCCAAUUAAUUAGUCAAGUCUUAUCGCGUGUCACCGUGCCGCCGGGUUGCUUUCAAUUCAUUGUCGAUAUGUGCUCGUCAGACUUGAAUUCUGUAACUCACUUCCCCAUCAUUACCGCGGCGCUUGGCAUUUUGCUAGCAUUAUUGCGCAGUGAACUCGAUACAGAUCGUAAUCCACAAAAGGUGACGCGCAUUACACGUGCCCUACUCACCGAUCCCAGUUUCCAAUUUGCCAAUUUGGAGUUUGCUUUAGGCGAAAUUAAAACGCCUAUAUUGCAACAAGCUGAAAUACCGCGCGGAAAUUUCGAUCCACAAACACGCGCACAUAUCGAUCCAUUAACUAAUGAUGUGCGUGUGGCAGUGCCAUCGACAUCAUCGAAAAGGAUACGCGCCGAUCCGCCGAUUAUCAAGUUUGCACUCUCUGAUUAUCCAACACACGUAACACCUGAGGAAAUUGACGAGGUGCGUCGUCUAAUAGAAAUGUUACGUCUAAAGCAGUCUUUACUCUCUGAUAUUACAUUGCCUUCGGAGGAUUCACUUUGUCCGAUUUGCUGUGCCAAGCCAAUUACGGUUAUUUUUACGCCGUGUAAACAUCAAUCGUGCAGCAAUUGCAUUAUGCAACAUCUAAUGAACUCGAAAGUGUGCUUCUAUUGCAAAACACUCAUCAAAACCAUUGAAACCAAUGAGGGCACAGUGAUUUAUAAUAACAACGAAUAUACAUCGGCACCUACAUUCUAUGAAAUUUAGUAAAGUGUUUUAAGUCAUUACUGAAACGGAAAAUUGAACAUUAUGUAACCCACCUGAUUCUAGUCAAUAUUUUGUGACAAUUUCAGUAACAAUUUAACUUUAACUACAACUAAAACUGCCUGAAAUGAUAUAUUUAAAAUUAUUUACAAAAGUUACAAAUUUUUACAAAUUCAAACAAACAAAAAAAAAAA